CCGCCGCCAUGUUGGAUGGUGCGUGUGGGUGUCAAACCCAGCCAGAGGCGGCGGCGGCGGCGGCGGCUGCUGGGUACCGAGACACCCCCCUGCUCGGCUCCUUCCCCUUCCCCUCGCCCUCUCCUCCCGCGCCCUGCUCGGCGCUUCCCCGCACGCAGCGCCAGCCCCGGCUGCGAGGCUGCGGGAGCGGGAGGCGCUUCCAGGAUCAGCCGGAGUCGGCAUUGCCGGGAAGAUCGUGCGCUCGCAGUUUUCUUCCUGUGGUGUAAUGUAUAUUCUGGUCAUGAUUUUCAUUUUCUCGUGUCAUUUUUUUGAAGAGAGGAAAUGAUUGUAGUGGAACUUGUUACAAAUCAGUCACUGAUACAGAGUCUUCGUAGUUCAGAAACUUUCAUAGAAGAACAAAUAUAACCCUUUCUUUGUUUGUGUUCCGGAGUCUGUGUUGUUAAAAAGGGAAAUAAAAAUGACGACUUCGUCUAUUAGGCGGCAGAUGAAGAACAUUGUGAACAACUAUUCAGAAGCCGAAAUAAAAGUUCGGGAAGCAACCUCUAAUGACCCCUGGGGUCCCUCCAGUUCAUUGAUGACUGAAAUAGCAGAUCUGACUUACAAUGUUGUGGCCUUUUCUGAAAUUAUGAGCAUGAUCUGGAAACGGCUGAAUGACCAUGGCAAAAACUGGCGACAUGUAUACAAGGCUCUUACUCUGUUAGAUUAUCUGAUUAAAACUGGUUCUGAGAGAGUGGCACAGCAGUGUAAAGAGAAUAUUUUUGCUAUUCAGACAUUGAAAGAUUUUCAGUAUAUUGAUCGAGAUGGUAAAGACCAGGGUAUCAAUGUAAGGGAGAAAUCCAAGCAGUUAGUGUCACUUCUGAAGGAUGAUGAGCGACUCAAGACAGAGAGGGCUCAAGCCCUGAAGACCAAAGAACGCAUGGCUCAGGUGGCCACUGGAGUGGGUAGCAAUCAGAUCACGUUUGGCCGAGGCUCCAGCCAGCCAAACUUAUCCACUAGCUACUCAGAGCAAGAAUAUGGAAAGUCUGGAGGCUCCCCAGCAUCUUAUCAUGGCUCUACAUCUCCUCGAGUUUCCUCAGAGCUAGAGCAGGCACGGCCUCAGACAAGCGGAGAAGAGGAGCUCCAACUGCAGCUUGCACUGGCAAUGAGCAGGGAAGUUGCAGAGCAGGAGGAGCGCCUCAGACGCGGAGAUGAUCUGAGAUUACAGAUGGCUCUGGAGGAGAGUCGCAGAGACACAAUUAAAAUUCCCAAAAAGAAGGAGCAUACAACUUUGUUGGACCUAAUGGAUGCCCUGCCCUCGUCGGCACCAGCAUCACAGAAAACAGAGCCUUGGGGACCUCCUGCUGCUGCUGCAAACCAAACUGAUCCCUGGGGCGGAUCCACAGUUGCAGCUACUGCCUCUGACCCAUGGCAAUCAUUUGGUGCCAAACCAGCUGCUUCUGUUGAUCCUUGGGCAGCACCAGCAGGAUCUACAGCUCAGUCUCUAUCCAAAAAUGUUGACCCCUGGGCUCCUGCUCAGACAUCAUCUUCUGCAGCAAAACCUUCUGUGGAUCCUUGGGGACCAGCACCUGCAAACAAACCUAUCUCUGCUUCUGGAAGUACAUCUUUUGACCUCUUCAGUAAUUUGAAUGGUACAGUUAAAGAUGAUUUUUCUGAAUUUGACACACUUCGAACUUCCAAAAAGCCAGCUGAACCAGGUUCCACUUUGCCAUCCCAGCAUAGCGGUACCACAAGUCCUGAUCUCUUUGAUUCCCAGCACUCAAGCGUGACAUCAGGCAAACAAAGUGCAGCUCGGAAAACCCCCGAGUCUUUUCUGGGCCCCAAUGCUGCUUUGGUGAACCUGGAUUCACUGGUGUCUAAGCCACCGCAACCUGUUACUUCACUGAAUCCAUUCUUGGCGCCAGGUGCAGCUACAGCACCAACUCCAAUCAACCCCUUCCAAGUGAAUCAGCCUCAGCCGCUCACUCUAAAUCAGAUGAGAGCAAGCCCUGUGAUGGGAACCAGUCCUUCUUUCAGUGCUGUGCCACCAAUAAGCAUGGAGCCAAUACCUCUGUCUUCCAUGGCCCCAGUGCCUGUGGGAAUGGCACCGAUACCAGCUAUGGGCACUGUGGCAUCCAUAACAAGAAUGGGCCAGGGGCUGAAUGUGAGCAUUGCAGGAUCAAUGACCCAACCUCUUCACAGUACAGGAAUCCCGCCGUCAGCAUCCCAGUCUACAAAUACAACUAACCCUUUUCUCCUAUAAAGACGCAAUCAAAGGAACUUUCUUUUCAUAGUGUUUCCAGGCUGAAGUCUUUACAGCUAAAUGAACAUGGCCUGUGUGGACUGAACAGUGUGUAAGAGACUUGGAAGUAGGUUUGCAGUUUACAGUUAUGAUCUUUGAAGAGUUGUCUCUACUUACCAGUUAAUCUAAAUCUAGUCUUUGCUACAGAUGGUACCUUACUUUGGCUUGUUGAGCAUUAUGUGAAAUGUUCAGACUUUUCACCAAAGUUAGAUUCUGCCCAUUUUGUUACUUUGUUAAUCAUUUCAAUACACUUUCUAGGGAGAACCUGCCAUUUUAAACUCCGUUGGCUAUUUUGUAGAUGUCAGAUGAUGUGCUGGAUCCUGAAAUUACUAUUUACCUGCAUCUGCCACUUCCUAUACCCAUAUGAUAGACCUGAGAUUCAGAGUGCUAGUGAAUGUUUUGCACAUAACUAUACACAGUUCUAGACUGUUGGUUCACCCAUAGUCCUUACUCUUAGACAAGAACAAUUGAGGGCCCAGGUGGCUGGUUUUUAUGCAUUAAACAUUGCAACGCAAAAUCGCACUGCUUUCGUAUCAAAGGUUUGACUGAGAAAGCAAGUUUGUCUCAAAAAGAAAAAAAAACAGACAAAAAACCCAAGAACAUUCUCAAGUUGUCAAGUAUAACAUGUGCUGUUGUAUGCAGUAUGCAGUGUUGAAUUUGUACACUACUCUCUAAGGACUCCUGAGGAACUCUCUGUGAGUGGCAUGCUGCACUCGUGCUGCGUGAGUGUCCUGCUCUGUGCUUGUCCAGUACCAGCUUCAUUUGGAAGUUAUCACGUGUAUUUUGUUUUUAUUUGGCUUACCAUGUGAGUUGAAAGAGAAAAGAAAUACAGUGGGACAACUUUGAAUUCAGUUUCACCGGGGCAAGCUUUAAAACUAAUUCAGGCUUAACCUUGCUAUAUGCAGUUACUCUUGUAUACUUUUGCACAUAUUUUGUUUAGUACAGUUUCAUAUUUGAGUUUGCAGAGUUACCUAAUAGUCCUUUUUUUUGCUAAUUUUUAUAAUGUGGUUCUUAUUUAACUGUCUGGUUUUGAUAGAUUUAUCAAGUCUGGCUGAAAAAUUAAGAUAUUGGCAAAUGUCAUUUUUAUGGUUUUAAUGCCCUCUUAUUUAUGAUUUUAGCUCUUUGUUUCUGUAAAGAGAGUUUAAAAGGGAAAAUUAACACUAAAAUAUUUUACUUUUAAGUGGAGUAUUCAUAAUGAAAAUCAAAACAAAUUCUCAUGACGAAUUAUUUUUAGAUGAAUUGAAUUUGAACAUGACAUGAUUUAAGACUGCAUUAAAAAGAAAAAAACACUAAAGUCGCCUUUCCCUUGAUUUGUUCCUGUUUUCCGAUUACCAGAAUGGACGUUUAGCCUUUAUGGAGAUCAUAAGAAAGGCUAGUUUUUCUUGUAAUACUUCUUGAAAUGCUAAAAAUCCUAAUCUAUAGACACACUCAAUUUCAUUGACUAAUUUUUCUUAAUUAAAGGUGCACUCCAUAACUGGUUCCAUUUACAAUUAUUAAUUGUAAGCUGAACUAUACAUUUUACUUGCAUGUCUGGACUCAUCGGCACUAAACCAUGCUCAGGUUUCAGUCAAUGUUACUGGUAUAAACCUGGCCUUCUCUAAGUUGGCAACGUUUUUUUAAGCUCUGCUUUUAUGAGCAGCACAAGUGUAUGCAGAGCAUGUAGAAAGGGAUGUCCCAGUGCUUGUAAUUGCCUUGAGGGCAUCUCUGUGAAUGAACUGAUGCAUCUUGGUGGGCCUUUCCCUAAUUAGGAGGAGGGGAAAAAAAAAAGGCUGAAAGAAAUUGCCAGAGCUCUGUGUCCUGGUGUAAUGAUGCUGUGUGGGACGGUGCCAGCCUAGGGUAGUGUGCCAUGGGAAGGAAGGGCUGGCUAGUGUGAAGGGGACUGGAUUAUAUCCUGUGGGGGGGUAGGGGAGGCUGAAAGACUAUCAAAUCUAGGGUACAAUCACAGAUUUUAGCUGUGUAAGUCAGUAUAGCUCUAUUAGUAUAUGGAAUGCUAAAUGUGUGGAUGUUUCUAUGCAGAUUGUUCUAUCCUCUUGAUACUAUUGAACUUACAAGCAGGAUUCAGAAUAUUCAUCUGCUCUUGUUUUGUAUAGGGGGAAAAAGAAUUACUGUCCACACCCAGUAUGUCGUCUUAAAAAAAAAAAAAAAAAAAAAGAAAAAAGAAAAAAAAAAAGGAAAGAAAACCAUUCAUGUUGCCUUUCAGAAUAAGGAAGAAUAUUUUACUUUUUUGUUGUUGUUGAAGUUAUUGAAAAGUGUAGACCAGGAAGGGCGUGCUCCUUGCAGAUGGGGGAAAAAAGUGCUUUCCAAUUGAUCUAUGGCAAGAUUUAUCCUUCAUUGUUUUUUCCAAUUUAAUUUUAUCAGCAGUGGAAUUGAGGUCAUUUGAUGUUUUUCCCUUAGUUGGUCAUCUGAGUGCAUUUGCAAUGGUUAGAUGGGGCAUUAUCUAUUCAGCCAAAAAGUUACGAUCACAUCCUCUCGCUAAGCACUAGGUAACUGUUUUUAGAGGCAAGAUGGGGUUGAUAGUAAGUAUUUUAAAAUUUAUAAUGUCGUCUGCAGCUCAGAGUAAAUGAGCUGCCAUCAUGAACUGAUAAAAAUGUAUUGUUGAUCUGGUAGGGAGCCCUAGCUUAAUGAAACUGCUGAAUGGCAAAUUGUUGCUUUUACCAAGCCACUUCUCUAAGAGCUGUAUUACUUUUACAUUAUAUAUGUGUGUGUGUGUGUAUGUGUAUGUAUCUAUAUACAUAUAUAUACAUAUAAAAAAAAAUAUAUAUAUAUGUAUGUAUUUUGCACAGUAAACCAUGAUAAGACAGUCUGAACAGUGAUUAGUCCAGAUCAUCGUGCUGUAAGGCGUUAGGCCAAGGACUGUGACCAUGCUGAGAUUCCCAUCCCGACCUGGGUAUGGCAGGAGGAAAUGGGUUCGAGAGAAUAAGCAGCUGGUUCGGUAAAUCUGCUUGGUUGCUGGCUUGUAGGCAUGUCUGUACCUCUCACGUGCCAUGCAGACUUGUGGCGCUGUAACAGUAACACUGAAAGGUAGUUUCUGUCCUAGGCAGUUGAGGCUUCGGUUGUGUCCUGAAAAGUAAAUCUACUUCAUGGUAAUUUAACUGCUAUCCAGACUAAUUCUUCCUCCCUCCUGACCCUCCCACUUCUUUUUGCAUGGAGGACGUGUGUAUAUCUGAUCACAUCUGCUCUGCCAUAUUUCUCCACAUGCGUUUCCCUCUUCCCCUUCUUUUCCCACUUUGAAAUAUUAAAAGUGCUUUUGAUUUUAAAAUGUUAGUAUCCCAGAAUAGCCUUACUGGUCAAAUUGACCAAAAAUAAAGUGUUAUUUUAUAAAAAUAAAAAUAUCUUGGCAUAAUUUUAAACCCCAAAAUAAGCUUGGUUAUUUAUUCAGUUUUAUACUCUAUAGAAACUAAACUACAUUGAGGGAACAGGGAAGGAAAACCAUGGUGGGUUGUGGUGUUUACAGUCUUUUGAAGUCCCGUAGCUAAGACAACUAUUGUUAUCCAUCUUCCCUUUUGCUGUUACAGUUUCUAAUGUGUACUGUAUGUAUUAAUAUUGCACAAAUUGUGGAGAAAUACACGGUUUAUUUUUCACAGCAGAAUCUCACAAGACUCGCUUCCUUUACAAGUGUUACAAUUUAAAUAUUUACCAAACUCUUUUCAUAAUACUGGGAGCCGGCUGCUUUUUAUGAAUUUGUGCUGACUAUUGACAUUAUUUACUGUAUAAAUAAUUUAUCAUUUGUACUAUUGUAUCAUAAUGUCUGUAUCUUUGUGUCAUUUUUCCCUAGCAGUGUCACAAAUGUGAUAUUUAAUAAUGCCAUCAGAACAGUGGAAAGACAAGGGGUUUGUAGGUGACUGGUCAGAAUUAAAAUUGUAUUGCUUAUAUUCCAGACGUGUUGCUUUUUCUAGACUCUGCGUAGUGUUUAUAUUGCAUUUAAAAACUAUUGCUGCCAUGCUUGAUUUAGUUUUCCAGAAGGUUGGAUUGGAUGAGAUUAUUAAGGUUUGUGCUUGUAAGUCCUACAGUCCAGGAUAAAUCUAAUCGUUAUUGAGAGUAACGCUUCUUGUACAUUGUCAAUGUGAUUUCUUCAAAGCAUUCAUCACUUCUCCUGAUGCAGGCUUGCUCUUACUAUGAGAAAGGAGGGUUUCUUAUAGAUCACUUAAAUCAGAAUCAGUUGAGACCUUAUUAACUCAAUAAAGAUGAAGACUUGUUGUGUUGCA